AUGGCUCCAAAGAGGAAGUACAUCAAGAAAAAUACGACUGCUAGCCAAAGGGUUACCGAUGACGCAGCAACAGAAGGGGGCACUCAGGCCCAGGCAGCCGCCACAGCUAAUGUCGCUGCUACACCUUCCAAUACUUCUGAUGCAGAUGUUAGAGGAGCUAUUCAGCUGCUCACUCAAAUUUUGGCAAAUCAGGCCCAACGACAUGAAACGGCCCCUAGCUCAGGCGCUAGUAGUGGGUCAAACAUCAUGGUUAGGAGAUUUGUACUUGGGCUUAAACCCGAGUUGCACAGGGAUGCCAACACAGUUGCUCAGAACGACAAGAUGACUAUUUCCAAGAUACUGGCAUUCGUGCAAGGUAACGAGACAAGAAUGAUAGAAGAAGAAGCCCUACAGAAGCAAAAAGAUAGGGAGUUUAGCAAGAGGGCUAAGUCUGCUGGUAAUUUCAGUCAUGGGGGAUCUCAAGGUGAUGGCAACCGUCAGUUUUUUAAGAAUAGGUCGUCAAGACCUACUCCCUUAACAGCUAGUGCCCCAUUUCAAAGGUCCAAGUUUAACCAGAAAGACCGGAACUUCGGAACGACAGACUCACAUUCACAGGCCAGCGUGACCAACCGUGGUUUUCAACACCAUACAUGCAACACUUGUGGUAAGAAACAUUCAGGAGUAUGCCGUUUGGGCAUGAAUGGUUGUUUCGGGUGUGGUCAGCCGGGUCAUUUUCUGCCGGAUUGUCCGUCCGCAAGACGAAAUACCGAAGGUAACAAUAAUGUAGCUCAGUCCUCAAAUUCAGCAACUCCCCGAAAUUUCCAAGCCCAGCAGGGGCGCGGAGCAGCAAAGCCCGGUAAUACGGGCGGUGGUCAGAAUCGUCUGUAUGCAUUGACAGGCCGUCAGGAUACAGAGGCUAGAGCAGAUGUUGUUACAGGUACUCUAACAGUUUUCACUUUCGAUGUUGAACCCGAAAAAUUGUGUGAACCCUUUGAGGUGUCCACCCCCGUUGGGGAAUCACUCACAGUUAGACAUAUGUAUAGGGUGGUAAGAUUUGAGUUCCCUAAUGAGCCAAUCAUAGAAUGGAAGGGUAAUUCAGUAGUACCCAGGGGUAGGUUCAUUUCUUACUUAAAGGCCAGAAAAAUGAUUUCCAAAGAUUACCGUCAGCUGAACAAGGUCACCAUUAAGAACAGGUACCCUCUUCCUAGAAUCGAUGACUUAUUUGAUCAGCGGCAAGGCGCCCAAUGCUAUUCCAAGAUUGACCUCAGAACAGGUUAUCAUCAGUUGAAGGUUAAGGAAGUUGAUAUUCCUAAGACAGCUUUUAGGACCCGUUAUGGCCAUUUUGAAUUUCUUGUUAUGUCAUUUGGGUUGACAAAUGCACCAGCUGCUUUCAUGGAUCUUAUGAACAGAGUCUUCAAGCCUUAUCUCGAUUUAUUCGUCAUUGUCUUUAUUGACGAUAUUUUGGUGUAUUCCCGUAAUGAGGCCGAACAUGCAGAACAUCUCAGAAUAGUAUUACAAACUCUUAAAGAUUGUGAGCUUUUUGCGAAAUUCUCAAAGUGUGAGUUUUGGCUUAAAUCAGUGGCAUUCUUAGGCCAUGUGAUCUCGGGUGAAGGUGUUAAAGUUGAUUCUCAAAAGAUCGACGCCGUAAAGAGUUGGCCCAGACCCACCUCAGUUACUGAAAUAAGAAGUUUCUUGGGUCUGGCAGGCUAUUAUCGCCGCUUCGUAGAAGGGUUUUCUUCUAUCUCUGCUCCGUUGACUAAGUUGACUCGGAAGAAAAUUAAGUUCCAAUGGUCAGAUGCUUGUGAGCGAAGCUUUGAAGAGCUGAAGAAAAGAUUGACUUCUGCACCAGUUUUGACGUUGCCAGAGGGAACCGAAGGAUUCGUAGUUUAUUCGAAUGUUAUAGCGGAUGCUCUUAGUCGGCAUUCCAUGGGGAGUUUAGCCCACGUGGAGGUGGAUAAGAGAAUUAUGACGAAGGAAGGUAGUUGGGAUGAUCACUUGCCACUCAUUGAGUUUUCCUAUAAUAAUAGUUAUCAUGCUAGUAUUGGGAUGGCACCAUUUGAAGCUCUGUAUGGGCGAAGAUGCAGAUCACCUAUUGGGUGGUUUGAAGUAGGUGAAGCAGAGUUGUUAGGACCAGAUUUGGUUUACCAAGCUAUGGAGAAAGUCAAGUUAAUACAAAAGCGUUUGAAGAAAGCUCAGAGCCUAUUUCGGGCAGCGAUAACUCCUCGAUUAGUUGUGAAUCUGGAAGAAAUUCCUUGGUGA